GGCGCGUCCGGAGGUCUCGUGACCGCGUUGGACUCCCUAUGUUUUCGUCAAAGAUGGCGGACGAAGAGAUAGAUGGUGUCCGCUCCUCUCAUAGGAACGGCAGUAGUGGAGGAAACGGUGGUGUUUCUAUCUUAACAACUGUGUCAGGUCCAAGAGUCGUGCAAAUUGUAAAAUCUGAAUCUGGUUAUGGUUUUAAUGUGCGGGGCCAGGUGAGCGAAGGAGGCCAGUUGAGGAGUAUUAACGGUGAGCUGUAUGCGCCGUUGCAGCAUGUUAGCGCUGUGUUGCCGGGGGGAGCAGCUGACAGAGCCGGCGUCAAAAAGGGGGACCGCAUUCUGGAGGUCAAUGGUGUAAAUGUGGAAGGAGCAACACACAAGCAAGUUGUGGACCUUAUUCGAGCAGGGGAAAGAGAACUGAUUUUGACAGUGUUAUCGGUUCCUCCACAUGAAGCUGAUAACCUAGAUCCUAGUGAUGACUCUUCAGGGGGGCAGUCAUUUUACGAUUACACUGAGAAGCAAGCUGUUCCUAUUUCAGUUCCCACAUACAAACAUGUCGAGCAGAAUGGGGAAAAGUUUGUGGUUUACAAUGUAUACAUGGCAGGGAGGCAGCUUUGUUCCAAACGGUACCGUGAAUUUGCCAUUUUACAUCAGAACCUUAAACGAGAAUUCAGCAGUUUUAGUUUCCCUCGUUUACCUGGGAAAUGGCCUUUUUCUUUGUCUGAGCAGCAGCUAGAUGCAAGACGGAGAGGACUGGAAGAGUACCUGGAGAAAGUAUGUUCAGUCCGUGUCAUUGGAGAGAGUGAUAUCAUGCAGGAAUUUCUCUCCGAGUCAGAUGAGAAUUACAACGGUGUGUCAGAUGUGGAACUACGGGUUGUCUUACCUGACAAAACCACUGUCACUGUGAGAGUAAAAAAGAAUAGUACUACAGACAAGGUCUACCAGGCUGUAGCUGCCAAAGUCGGAAUGGACAGCAUGACUGCUAAUUAUUUUGCUCUCUUCGAGGUCAUAAAUCAUUCUUUUGGUAAGUUGGGUGAGAUGGGAGAAUUUCAUGAUUUCAUGCAGACACUGCAGGAUAAUCACUUUGGACUUGGUUUCAGUUUCAAUACCAGCAGGAAUGUAAUGCAAUACCUGGAUUUAGAGUUUUACGUGGAUGAGGAUUUUACAGUGGCAUUCAAACCUCAUGUUAAAAGUACUGGGGUCAACAAUUUUCUUAUGGCCGACAGUAUGCAUGCUCCUCAUUUAUUAGCAUCAUUGCCAUACGGAGAGUAUUUACAAACCGCUAAUAAUACUUCGGAGAGAACUACGCUAGGAAAUGAAUUUAAGGUCAGAGACAAAUUUCAGAAGAGGGUUUAUAAAGAGGAAGCCUUAAUGGCAGCAGAGAAUAAGUAUCAGGCUGUAGAAGAUGUCAAGAAAGGUUAUAUAAAAGCAGAAGAGAAGUCUUACCAGCUACAAAAAUUGGCUGAGCAGAAAAAGAUGGUCAUGUAUCUUAACAUGCUGCGGACCUGUGAAGGGUACAAUGAAAUUAUUUUCCCACACUGUUCAUGUGAUUCCAGAAGGAAAGGACAUGUAAUAGCAUCCAUUUCAAUCAAGCACUUUAAACUUCAUGCAUGUACAGAGGAUGGAGAGUUGGAGUUCAACUACAUGCACGAGUGUUUUGAAAGAGUAUUUUGUGAAUUAAAGUGGAGGAAAGAGGUGGUAGAAGAAACAACAGACAAGGAUAACCGGAAUUGCAGUAAAGACAGUAUUUGCAACAAGAAACCAGCAGCAGCCCAGAAGAUCUCCUUACCUAGCAAAAAGGCAAAACAGCUUUCAGUCAGGCCUGGAUCACUAGACCUGGAUCAAUCAGAAUCAUUCCAGGACAGAUUUCACUAAUCAGCAAACAACAGAAGUUUUUCCGAGACAGAGCUAUACGGACUCCAAGCAGGCAUGGGCACAAUAAAAUUCAGUGGGAGUAGUGAGUCAUGUCAGUGGAGUAUCAGCAUCGACCCAAAACAGAUCACAAGUGUCUGCUUCCACUACAACAAUGUAAUUAAAUUACUAUUUGUUGACAAAGUGCACCACAUGAUUUUAAAAUGUCUAAUUUUACUGGAAGCCUUUUAACUACUGAGGAGAUAAUAGUCUUGCAAAAGGGCCUGUGUUUUAUUCCGUCAGUGGGUAUAAAUAUGGUGGAGACUAGUUCUGAUGUAGAAACAUUUACUUGUAAGUUAUACUUUUUUAUCUGCAUAGCAAAACAAAUGCCAAUUUUGAUCCUAUGAUCCCUGUAGUCAUAAUCCCCCUUCAUCCUAUAGCCUUACAGCAUUCAAGUGGAUAUAUAUGCACAAUACAUUAGAAAAAUUUUAGACAGCAUGCCUAAGACAGGAUUUUAUAAUAUGUAUAAUGUGCAAUGAAUGGCUCUGUACUUUUUAAGGAAUGAUGUCAGUCUUUGUAAUGGAAGCUGGG